CAAAAACCGGAUAACACAACACGCACUCUCCCCCUCACCUUCAUCUUCCUUCUUCUUCUUCAUGAGAAAGUGAGACUGAAUUUGCAGAGAUUCAUCAAUGGCGAAAUCUCUCAUUUCAUCUCCUUCCUCUUUCACCGGCACACCCUUACCUCCACUACCUCUUCACCGCGGUUAUUCUCACCGGACUAAACUCAUAUCCACCAGAAUCAAGUUCAGUUUUAACGGAAUUCCUCCAAUUUCUCCGUUUGAACCUGGCGCAUCACUCGAUUUUGCUGCGAUUGCUAGCCGAGCCGAGAGUUUGAUGUACACGUUAGCUGAUGCGGCUGUUGCUGUUGACUCCGCGGCUUCGGGUGGUGAUUCGGCUGCUGCUACGACGGUGCAGAAGUCAGGUGGAUGGUUCGGUUUCAUAUCGGAUGCUAUGGAAGUUGUUUUGAAGAUACUGAAGGAUGGACUGUCUGCAGUUCAUGUGCCAUAUUCUUAUGGAUUUGCAAUUAUAUUGCUUACUGUUGUUGUUAAAAUUGCAACAUUGCCAUUGACAAAGCAACAGGUUGAGUCCACUCUGGCAAUGCAAAACUUGCAGCCAAAGAUCAAAGCAAUUCAGCAGAGAUAUGCAGGAAAUCAGGAGAGAAUACAACUUGAGACAUCGCGGUUAUAUACGAAGGCAGGGGUUAAUCCUUUGGCAGGAUGUUUACCUACGUUGGCCACAAUACCAGUAUGGAUAGGCUUGUAUCAAGCUCUUUCAAAUGUUGCAAAUGAGGGACUGCUGACGGAGGGAUUUUUCUGGAUUCCGUCUUUGGGGGGGCCCACGACGAUUGCUGCUCGGCAAAGUGGAUCAGGAAUUUCUUGGCUUUUUCCAUUUGUGGAUGGGCAUCCACCUCUAGGCUGGCAUGACACAGCAGCGUACCUCGUUUUACCUGUACUUCUUGUUCUUUCUCAAUAUGUAUCAAUGGAAAUUAUGAAGCCACCCCAAACUGAUGAUCCAACACAGAAAAACACUCUUCUUGUCUUCAAGUUCCUUCCGCUCAUGAUUGGAUACUUCUCUUUGUCCGUCCCAUCAGGGUUAUCAAUUUACUGGUUCACAAACAAUGUGCUUAGCACUGCUCAACAAGUAUGGUUAAGGAAAUUAGGAGGUGCAAAACCUGUUGUGAAUGAGAAUGCAAGUGGAAUUAUAAGUGCAGGACAGGCAAAAAGAUCGUCUUCUCAACCAUCUGAGACCGGUGCUAGGUUUAAACAGCUAAAAGAAGAAGAGAAAAGAAAAUCAAAUAAGGCACUUCCCGGCCAAGAUAUUCAGGUUUUGGCAUCGACAUCUGAUACUGAAGAUGAAACCGACGAAGAGACAAAGCCGACGGUCUUGGAGGAGGCGUAUGCUUCAAGCACCACGAAACAAGUUCCAGAAUCGGGACCAAGGAGGAGUAAGAGAUCAAAGAAAAAGCGUUCGGUAUGAUAGGAGAUAUGUGACUAGAUUUUUUAAACCUCUAUUUUGUAAAAUCCAUAUUUUUAGUUAACAUAUAGCUGUUUACUACCAACAAAUCAUAUGUUUGUUAGGUAGCUUUUGGUAUAAUUGAAUCAGAGAAGAGAAGGAAUGGAAUGAAAACAAGUUGUUUGUCUUGUUUAAUGCAGUGAUAUAUAGUUUUUCAUUCCAUGACAUAUGUUUGUGAAAUAUAUAAAGUUUUGAUUUAAUGCA